GGAGGUCCUAAUAUCUGCGUCUGAGCGUUGUACUUCCUGUUUCCCAAGCUAUGAAUAUUGUGCCUGACCUGUGGCUCUUUAAUUCUGACAACUACGAAGUAUCAAGAAAUACCACCGAAUAGAUUAGUGCACAUCCCGUUUAAGUCGGAAACAAGUGUUGUACCUAGUCCUGAGCACGCGAAUGAAUGCACCAGAACAUACUGGAAUUUAACACGAGGUCCACGUCCACACAAACAUGAGUGCCUGUGGGGAUCAGAAGAAGCGCCCCUUUUCUGGCGUAGAAGACGUCCAAGAUUUACCGAUGGCCAAGAGGCGGCUUCGCGAGAAGGGCGAGAAACGGCACAUCGCCGCCCUGAUUCUGGCGAGGGGAGGCAGCAAGGGGAUCCCUCUAAAGAACAUCAAAUUGCUCGCCGGAUGCCCGCUCGUAUGCUGGGUGCUGAGAGCUGCAAUUGACUCCAAAGUAUUUGACAGUGUCUGGGUCUCCACGGAUCACAAGGAAAUUGAGAAAGUGGCAAAGGCGUGGGGCGCCAAGGUCCACCGCCGAAGCCCGGAGGUCUCCAAAGACUCCACCAGCUCCCUGGAAACCAUCCAGGAGUUUGUACGCCUCAACCCCGAGGUGGACAUCAUCUGCAACAUCCAGGCCACGUCCCCCUGCCUGCACCCCUACCACCUGAAGGAGGCGCUGGAGUGCAUUACCAAGAACGGCUACGAGUCAGUCUUCUCCGUGGUCCGCAGGCACCACUUCCGCUGGCGGGAGGUCAAGACAGGUCCUGCUGAGAACCGACGGCGUGCUUGCUCCCCAACAGAGGACGACUGCACGAAGCCCGAGAACCUGAACCCGGCCAAGCGGCCGCGGCGACAGGACUGGGACGGGGAGCUGGUGGAGAACGGCUCCUUCUACUUCUCCGCCCGUCACCUGAUAGAGAAUGGCAUGCUUCAGGGUGGAAAGAUGGCCUACUAUGAAAUGCUCCCAGAGUACAGCGUGGACAUCGACGUGGACAUCGACUGGCCCGUCGCAGAGCAGAGGGUCCUCAGGUACGGCUACUUCGGCAUGGAGAAGCUGGAGGCCAUCAAGCUCCUGCUGUGCAGCGUGUCGGGCUGCCUGACGGACGGGCAGGUGUACAUUUCGGCCAGCGGGGAGGAGAUGGUCUCCGUCAACACCCGGGACGAGACGGGCAUCCGGAUGCUGCGGAGGGAGGGGGUGAAUGUGAUCCUCAUCUCUUCCAGUGAGACCCCCGUGUCCUCCGGCCUGGCGAAGAGGCUGUUCCAGCGGACGGGCUGCAAGCUGAUGGAGCUCGUCCAGGCGGAGAAGCACAUGAAGCGCAAGAAGCUGAAAUGGAAGGAGGUGGCCUACCUGGGCAACGACGAGGCGGACGUGCAGUGUCUGAAGCGGGCGGGGAUGAGCGGGGUGCCCCCGGACGCCCCCGUGGUGGCGCUCAACGCCACCAAGUACACCUGCCGCAGCCCGGCGGGGCGGGGGGCGGUGCGCGAGUUCGCCGAGCACAUCCUGCUGCUGAUAGAGAAGGCCAGGUCCAAGAUGGCGCAGGACAGGAUCUGCAGGGAUCAGUUCUGAGAACUCCUGACGCCCCUCUGCUAAACGCUAAAGGCUGAAGGCUCAUCACAUCCCCUUUGGGCCGUGGGGAUGUGCUCACACUGGGCUCUCUUACGGAAAUGGAAUAUACCACACACACACACACACACACACACACACAGUCUGUGUGUGUGUGUGUGUAUUACACAGACACACAAGUAUACAUACACGUAUACAUUUAAAUAGAUGUGCAAUGUUUUAAAAAUAUUAUUUCACAGCGGUGCAUGUAGAAAAAUGUACUACAAUAUCGGAAACUGAAGAUCUUUAUAAGUGCUGCAGUACAACCGGAGUAUAUUUUGGUGCAGUAUCUUCCAUUUCCCUUGGGGCUCAUUCUCACUGAAGGAACGCACACAUAAAUGACCGUUUGCAAAACUGCACCUUGUUUUAUUCUGAAAGUAUUUUAGUCGAAUGUAGAUCUCUUGACAAUUUAGACCGCAGGCCAACAGACUCUUCAGACUGUUCAGGCCCCUUGUCUGUCUGUAGACUCCGUUAGCCCUGACAGCAGGGAACAGAGUCAGUUCAUGUGAAGAUGUCCAGUCUGAUUACGUCUUUUGCUUGUCUGUGUGUGUGUGUGUGUGUGUGUGUGUGUGUGUAUUCGAGACAUUCACCACCAUGACGGCUGUUUGUCAAAAUGAGACUUUGUCUUAAAGGAUAACACUGGUAAUUUAUUUGCUUUCAGUAUCGUCAACAAAUCCUAUGAAAACACCAAAACCAAAAAUGUUUCUGUCCAACUCUCAGUACUUUUUGACAUCUUCCUUCCCCAUUUAAGCAUUCAACCAGGAAAGCCAUUUGUUGUUGCAGUACACUGAAGUCAUUAAAUACAGUUCAGAAAGGCAUAUUUUCAUUUUCAGAAAAUGCAACCUAUAAUCACGAAAAAAACAUGGCCAGUGUAGUUUACCAAAUUUUAUACAAAAAGGAGCAAAUUUUUAAUUUCGGUGGGGACUAUUUCACUAUUUUGCUGCUGCACGGAACUACUCUCCAUAUAUAUCGAAAAAGCUAUCGUUCUCACUUUAUAAGGUGGUUCAGUAAAUUUUCAGUGGUUCAGUUCAGGUUCUUUGCAAUGGUGAAUUAUGCAGACCAAAGCAGCAGUAUGCGUCUUUGACUUGUUUUAAUACUUUAUUGAACAACAAUGGAGUUCUAUGACUUCCAGUAUAUUGCCGUUGGCUAGAUGGACAAAUAAUUGUUAGUCGGAUAAAGGCAGUUUGAGGGAAACCGGUCUUUUCAUAGCUGUUGACGAUACCUUUAAACAAAAGCAAGACUUAGGCUCUGACCGGUCCGUUCUGUUCAUUAUACUAAACUGCCUGAACAAAGACCCUUGUUUGCUUAUGUACACUACUGAACACUGAGUGAGUAUGUUGGAGUUUUACUGUGAUAGCAGAUCUUGUUUUCUGUAAUAUUUUACAAAUCAAUCAAAAAAUGUUUCUGUGCUCUUAUCUUUAUUGGUAAUUGGUUGGUACUGAAAAUAGGGAGAAAUUUUAAAAUUUAUUUACUGGUGCAGUGGAGAAAAAACAAUACUGUUGUGCUUGCAGUACAUUAUUUUAUUGUAAAAUCAAGUCGGCACACAAGUAACUAAUUUUUAUUUGAAUGUUUAAAUUCAUUUUAAAUAAAUCACUUUACUGGAAGUACCUAU